GAGGAGGCGGAGGCAAGGCUGGGGCAUUGGAGCGUAAACGCAUAGAUUAUUAUGGCAUCGCGGCGAAUGGAGACUAAACCGGUGAUAACGUGUCUCAAAACACUCCUCAUCAUCUACAGCUUCGUUUUCUGGAUCACAGGUGUUGUCCUAUUGGCUGUUGGAGUAUGGGGUAAACUCACCUUAGGUACUUAUAUCUCACUCGUCGCUGAGAAUUCCACAAAUGCCCCUUACGUACUCAUUGGGACUGGCACUACCAUUGUUGUCUUUGGCCUCUUUGGUUGUUUUGCAACAUGUCGUGGAAGUCCAUGGAUGUUGAAACUCUAUGCCAUGUUCCUCUCCUUGGUAUUCUUGGCAGAGUUGGUGGCUGGCAUUUCAGGAUUUGUGUUCCGACAUGAGAUCAAGGACAUCUUUUUCAAGACUUACACAGAUGCUGUUCAUAAUUACAAUGGAAAAGACGAGCAAAGUCAUGCAGUGGAUGACGUACAGAAUAGUCUGCGCUGCUGUGGUGUGCAGAACUACACAAACUGGAUCACCAGCACCUACUGGCCUGAGCACAGCUUUCCUCGGAGUUGUUGUAUAAACAGCAGUGACUGUAACCCAGAGGAUUUACGGAACAUGACUAUUGCUGCCACUAAAGUCUACCAACAGGGCUGUUAUGAAUUGGUGACCAGCUUCAUGGAGACAAACAUGGGAAUUAUUGCUGGCGUUGCAUUUGGAAUUGCCUUCCUACAGUUAAUCGGAAUGUUGCUGGCAUGUUGUUUGUCUCGAUUCAUCACUGCAAACCAGUAUGAAAUGGUGUAAUACAGGGUUGAAGAAGGAAUAUGGUCUAAUUGGACAGUUUCUAAUGUAGGAUUUGUAGAAGAUCAGGCCACCAUCCUCUGAAUUCGAAUACACUACCCUUUCUGUUCUUGGUAGUGCACCAUUUCUUGUCAUACAGUUGUGCAAUAAAGGGGUAGUUUCCCUUUUUCAUAUUGAACAUCAAGGCUUUUAAGAUGCUGAUGACUGCAGUAGUUUUGCUACUUGGUCAGUUUAAUGGAUAUCAUGACAUGUUACAACAUGUACCAUAACUGCAUUGAUGUGGCUCUGCAUGUAGUGAUCUAUGAGGUUUUUUGGGGGGGAGGGAUUAGAGGCUGUUUAGCAGUGUCACUGGAAUUUUUACAUCUUUUUAUUUAUAGUGAUAAGUAUUGAUGACUAUUUAAUAUAGAUAUUAUAGUUUUUAAUUUGUUUCAUACACUGUUAUUCUGCCUAUGGGCUUAGAAAUGAAAUAAAUGGAUAUCUAGGGGAAAAAAAUAGAAGUACAAUAGUAAUGUAUUACUUGAAGGGAGAAUGAAGAUUGUUUCCCUGAACCUAAACUACAAUUGAAGUUUUUUAAUUAUAGUGUCAUUAAACAUUGCUGCUUAUGCCACUAAAUGUAGCAUCCUAUCACAUAUAAAAUGCAGUUAUAAUUGUAUUGUUUGUUACGUGAAAUAAUAUUGCUUCUGUUUUUGAGUAUUUAUAUGUUAAUAUUUCUGUUGUAAUGUAUGUAGAAGGAUGUUAAUCAGCCAUUAUGUUUCCUGUUAAUUUAACAAGGGAUGAAUCUAUGUUACGCAAGUCUGAUGAACAUUUCCAAAACAAUCUGUAGCUGAAAUUAAUGCAUUUUAGAACAGCCACCAAUUAGCAUGCCA